CCGUGCUGAGCUGAGCCGAAACAACCCCAGCUGAGCCAAGCCCUGCCCACCUAAAAUGAGCCGAGCCGUGCUGUGCCGAGCUGAGCCCAACGCAGGCGAGCCAAGCCGAGCGCAGCUGUGCCUGGCUGAGCCGAGCCGAGCCGAGGCAAACCGAGCCCAGCUGUGCUCGGCUGAGCCGAAAUGAGCCCGGCUGAGCCCGGCUGAGCCGAGCCCAGCGAGCGAGCGAGCGGCUGCGCGGCCCGGCCGCUCCCGUCGGAGCUGUCCAGCCCCAUCCCGCCUUUCCCGGCGCUCCUGCCGUUCCCGCAUCCCGCUGCCGCCGCUCAUCCCGAUCCCGCUCAUCCCGAUCCCGACCCCGCCAUGCGGGAGCGAUGAGCGCAGCCGCCCCGCCCGGCCAUGGAGGAGGAUUUGUUCCAGCUCCGGCAGCUCCCGGUGGUGAAGUUCCGCCGCACCGGGGAAAGCUCCAGGUCGGAUGAGGAUGGAAUUUCAGGAGAGCACGAGGUGCAGAUUGAGGGGGUCAGGACAGAGUUAGAGCCUGUGGAGCUGGAAGAUGGAGCUGCAGUGCCAAAGGAAUUUGCCAACCCCACUGAUGAUACUUUCAUGGUGGAAGAUGCGGUGGAAGCCAUUGGAUUUGGGAAGUUCCAGUGGAAGCUCUCUGUCAUCACUGGAUUAGCCUGGAUGGCAGAUGCCAUGGAAAUGAUGAUUUUAAGCAUCCUGGCUCCCCAGCUCCACUGUGAGUGGCGAUUGCCCAGCUGGCAGGUGGCUCUGCUCACCUCGGUGGUGUUUGUGGGAAUGAUGUCCAGCUCCACCCUCUGGGGAAACAUUUCAGACCAGUAUGGGAGAAAAACAGGCCUGAAGAUCAGCGUGUUGUGGACACUCUACUACGGGAUCCUCAGUGGGUUUGCUCCCGUGUACAGCUGGAUCCUGGUGCUGAGGGGCCUGGUGGGGUUCGGGAUUGGAGGAGUGCCUCAGUCGGUAACUUUAUAUGCUGAGUUCCUUCCAAUGAAAGCCAGAGCAAAGUGCAUUUUAUUAAUAGAGGUGUUCUGGGCCCUUGGGACUGUGUUUGAGGUGCUCCUGGCAGUGCUGGUGAUGCCCACGCUGGGCUGGCGUUGGCUCCUCAUCCUCUCUGCCCUCCCACUCCUGCUCUUCGCUGGCCUGUGCUUUUGGCUGCCAGAGAGUGCCAGGUAUGAUGUGUUGUCUGGGAACCAGGAGAAAGCACUUGCCACUUUGAAGAGGAUAGCAACAGAAAAUGGAGCUCCAAUGCCUCUGGGAAAAUUGGUCAUUUCCAGACAGGAAGACCGAGGGAAAAUGAAGGACCUUUUCACCCCCCAUUUCAGAUGGACCACGUUGUUACUCUGGUUCAUAUGGUUUUCCAAUGCCUUUUCAUAUUAUGGGUUAGUUUUAUUAACUACAGAGUUCUUCCAAGCAGGAGAUGUUUGCAGCAUAUCCAGCAGAAGGCAGGAAGUUAAAGCAAAGUGCAGCCUGACCUGUGAGUAUCUGACAGAGGAGGAUUACACAGACCUGCUCUGGACAACCCUGUCAGAAUUCCCUGGGGUGUUGGUGACGCUCUGGAUCAUCGACCGGAUCGGCCGCAAGAAAACCAUGGCCCUGUCGUUCCUUGUCUUCUCUUUUUGCAGCCUCCUGUUGUUCCUCUGUGUUGGAAGGAAUGUUCUGACUGUGCUGCUCUUCAUUGCAAGAGCCUUUAUUUCAGGAGGAUUUCAGGCUGCUUAUGUUUACACUCCUGAGGUUUAUCCCACAGCCACACGUGCUUUGGGCCUGGGAACAUGCAGUGGAAUGGCGAGAGUGGGAGCCCUCAUAACCCCCUUCAUUGCACAGGUGAUGUUGGAAUCCUCAGUGUACCUGACCCUGGUGGUUUACAGUGGCUGCUGCCUCCUGGCCGCCCUGGCCUCCUGCUUCCUGCCCAUCGAGACGAAAGGCCGUGGCCUCCAGGAGUCCAGCCACAAGGAAUGGGGCCAGGAGAUGGUGGGGAGAGGAUCUCACUCCCCAGAGGAAUCACAGGAGUGAUGGCACAUGGAAAGAAUGGAUGACAGGAGCAAGAUUUCUCACAAAACCUCCGAGCCCGAAGCAUCGAAAGCUGAGCUUCGUCACUGCCAACGUCACGUGUCAAACUGCAGGAAUCUGGGGGUGAACCUCAGCAAAUUGUGUCUCUGCUGCUCUUUGCUCACACUCAUAGAAACUUUCCAUCUGUAUGGAGAGGGAUUUAAUCCAGACAUCCUCUGGAGUUUAGCAGGAAAGGUGUUUGUCUGUCGUGCUUGCAUGGUCAGCUCCUCAGCUUCAAACGUUCCGUGCCAAGCAAAUCACCAAGUGACUGCAGCCCAGCAUCAGCUGUAACUAAAUACUGAACUCUUGAGCCCAAAAACAAGAGGUUGAUAUUUAUUGUGUCCCUGGCCCAGCACAGGGUGGGUUCCAUACACUACACUAGGAAUUACAUGCCUGCCUUGCACUUUUAGCCGUCAAAAACACACCAAAAUGUGGUUCCAGCAAACCAACCUUUGCAGUUCCUCUGUUUGUGGGUUCUGUUCCUGGAGAUUUAACAGGGAAGGAUUGCUUGGAAAUGAAUUUCUGAAUGUUUCUGCCAUCCCAGCAGGUAGUUGGAGCACUGAGGAUGGUAUUUGCUGCAGAGCUGAAACCUUAUAUCACGAAUGUAAAUCAUGGAAUCAUUAAGGUUGGAAAUGACCUCCAACAUCAUCAAGUCCAACUUUUAAAUCCUCAUGGUUUGGAGCAGAAUUUGAGUUCUCUGACAUUGUCAAAAACCUUGAGCUCUCUGUCUUGCUUGGUGUGGGGAGGUGCUCGCUGCUGUGGUUCUGUCCAUGGAUCCAGGUGUGUCCCUGCUCCAUUUACCUGAGCACCUUCCCACAGUGUAGCCAGAACCUGAGCUGGAAGAGCUGCUGUUGGGAUGCAGCUGCUUCCAAAUGUCUCCCAGCAAAAGUUGGCCUCCUGACAGCUGGGCAGGACUUUUCCAGAGCUGCUGAUUGUACACUGACUGGUGACAAAGGAAUGUGGCUGGAAUUGUGACAUAAAAGGAACAAAAGUCACAGGAAGAGCCAAACUGCAAAGACCCCUGGAUGAGGAACAUCCCUCCCUCAGGUGCAGCUCCUCGAGGUGAUGGUCCCACUCUUGUCAGGGAAUGUCAUGGAGUUCAGGUGAGGACAAGCUCAGAAACCUGGCACUGGGCAGGAAAUCCCAUUGCAGAGCCUAUGGGAAUGUGUGAGGAUCUGAGAUGUGCCUCCUUCAGGUCCCAGUGUAUUUUCAGGAUUCCAGAUCAUGGAACACAACCAAAUGUGAGGGAGAUGGACUCUGUGCUUGUCCUGGGAUGUGUUUUCAUAGUCUGUCUGAUCAGGUGUCUCACAUAAACACAGGUAAGUGUGCAGCACAUUUUUGCACAGUUGAAUAUUUUAGGUAUCCUGGGAAGCAGGUCCUGUUCCUGGGGGCAGGACCAGGUCACUGAGCCCAUGUUUGGGGGCAGUACAAGUGAACACUGUUGGGCUCAGCUGUCACUGGGGGUCUCCCAGCACUGUGUGAUGCUCCACCACGUGUCAGGCUCAUUGCUCAGAGACUGGAGGGAAAACAGAAGUGGAUAAGUCCUUAAAAAACCUGAGGAAACUCAGGCUAAGGAAAAAGGCCAAAGAGGUUGUUGGUGGUGUGUGUGGGUGUGUUCUCUGGGAACAGCCACAGUUUGCCAAGACACCAGAAUGUCCAUUCAGUCCCCACUGGUGGCUGAGCAGAAGAUUCCAGGAGUGGUUGAUGUAAACAGGCAAAGUUGGCUUUUCCCAGUGACACAGAAAUGAAUUCAGCUCCCAGGGGAUACCUGGGAUCCCUGGAUCAGCUGUGGGUGAUGGCACAGAACCUGCUGUCUGUUCCAGCAGGGUUGGUUCUCUCUGUCCCUGCUGUCCCUGUGUCCUUUGAGUGGCUCCAGUUGAUCCCAGUGAACAGGAGGGCUCUCAUGGCACUGGCAACACCCACAACUCCUUUGUGUUCACCCCCUUCUGCCAGGCUGGGGUUGGGUCACUCUCCCAGGUGCUCCUGUGCCCCCCUCUCCUUGUGGGAGUGCCCUGAGCUGUUCCCAGUGUGUGUGCUCCCCAAAACAGGGGUCCUCUGGAGCUGAGCUUGGUAAGAGGGGACAGAACCCAAGUGCAGGACAGCCCUGGCUGCAGGAACCCACCUCCCUGCCCAGGAGUUACUCAUUACCUUUAGUUAAAAUGCUACUUUUCCAUGUUAAUGGUCACAUUUCACUUCGGUUCUUAGGCCAAUAUUCAACAGUUUUGAAAAAUUGCAACAGCCUUUAGAGAGUUUUAGGGAAAGUUUAUCUGUUCAUGAACACCUGGAUCCUACAGAUAAACUACUUCUCAUUAAAGAUUUAUAGGGAAUGCAAACUUUUGAUGCUGUUGAAUAGGUCACUUUUAACCUGUGACAUUUACAGUGUGAAAAAAACAACAGUUAAAGGCCUUUUUGCUUUUCACCUUUUACAAAAUCUGCACUAAAAAUGUGCUUAAUGAUAUAAAUACCAUGAUUGGUCCUGAUGGGUCUUUGAUUUCAGUGAUGCCUAAAGCUUGAUCCAAAGCUCACUGAAGUCUGGGAGAACUCCUGUGGAUAUCUGUGGCCUUUGAAUGAGCUGAGUAGAAGGAGACAGGAGCCCACCACAGCUGAUCCUCUGAACUCAGCAGGAGAAACAGAGCUGAAAUUCAGGAUUUGCGGGUACUUGCAUAUAAUUAAGAACAGGACGUUUGAGCUUGUUCAGUGUAAAACUGAGACCAUUUGGGUGGACACACAACACCUCUAAAUAUAACCACAAAUCGAUUUUGUCGAUAAGGCAGCACCAUUUAUGUAGAAAAUCAAGCUUCCAAAGAUUGUUUUCCAUAAUGCGUAUUUUUCACCGAUGAAGGAAUUCCUGUAACUGCUUCAUUUCAAACUGUUGAGUGAGAUCAUUUGGAAUUCAGACAGAAUUUUGGGAUUCAGAUUUGCCAACUGUCCAAGACGUGAACGUGCCAAGCUGGCGUGGGAAAAGAAUUCUCCAAGUGAGCUUUGAUGGAAUGAUUUGUUAUUCCAAACUUCUUGCCGAAAGAGCAUUGAAUGUUUCCUGUGUCUGAAUGUACAGUUUCUAAGCUGGAUUUACAUUUUAAUGUUGAAAAACUUGGUGUAUAUCAAGCUUGUUGUAAAAUACUUCUUUGGUUCCUGGUCCUGGAUGGUUGAAGUCCACAUUAGAUAUUUUAUGUUAAACAAAUAAAUAGUUUUUUCAGUAAAUAA